UGGUUAUGUGUAGUCUAUGAGAAUAUGGCGGUAGCGACAUGUUGCUGACAACUUGAUAUGGGAUGGGCGUCAUUUUAAACGAAUAUAGCUCUUUUUUUCUCAAUAGUGAUAAUGAAUACUGAUAUCACGGCAAAUAAAUAUGGCGAUCAAUUAAUGUUAAAAUCGUUUACCUUAACGGAUCGACAGGUUUCAUCGAAAUUUAUAGAGAGAAAGUGUUCACUUUGUUACGUCGGCCUGUCAAUAGUUAAAUCUCGUGGUAUAGAUAUCGUGUUGUUUAGGGUUUAACAUUUUAAAGACAUAAUUUCGAUAAUAUAGUGCAUCUCAUAAAUGUAAAAAUGGCCCGAGAAUAUGAUCAUUUAUUUAAGCUGUUGAUGAUAGGAGAUAGCGGAGUAGGCAAGAGUUCCCUUCUUCUAAGAUUUGCAGACAAUACUUUUAAUGGCAGUUAUAUAACUACGAUAGGAGUGGAUUUUAAAAUACAAACUGUAGAAGUAGAUGGUGAGAGAGUAAAGCUGCAAAUUUGGGAUACAGCUGGACAAGAACGAUUUCGGACAAUAACUUCAACUUACUACAGGGGAACUCAUGGCGUUAUAGUUGUAUACGAUGUGACCAGUGGUGACUCAUUCGCAAAUGUUAAACGGUGGUUGCACGAAAUAGAGGAAAAUUGUGACGUUGUUAACAGGGUACUUGUAGGAAAUAAGAACGAUGCGCCUAAUCAGAAAGUAGUGCUUACGGAAGAUGCACAAAGGUUUGCCAAUCAAAUGGGAAUUCAACUAUUUGAAACGUCUGCCAAGGAUAAUAUCAACGUCGAAGAGAUGUUUAUGGCGAUAACACGGCAAGUAUUACGGACCAAAAGAGAACGGAAUGAGCGUCAAGCUAUACAAACGAACGAAACAGUUAAUUUGAGAAAAAAUACAAAACAGCAUAGGAAAAAAUGUUGUUAACAGUACCGCAAAAAAGUGCAAACUGUUAAUAAUAUUAUUUUAUACAAUAAUAGGAUAGAGAGAGAAUACAACAGCGAGCAUGUGUUCGUAAAUUGGCGAACAUGAGAUGCCAUACACCUUGAUAUUUUCUAAAAUCACUAAGUUUUCUACCACGAUUAUGAAAUUUAAGAUUGCUUCCUAAUGAAAGUUUACUUUGAACUAUAUCUAUAUUCAAAGCCUGAAGUCUCAUGAGCAUAUAUAGCUUAUUCAGCCAAAGUGACUUUGCCUGGUAUUCUGUACUUUUUAUUCGGUACAAGAAUACUAUUUGACGCUGUAAUAAGAACAAAGUUUAUUUAUUUUGUAACAUCUAUAGAGGAAAAUAUGAGUGAAGAAGGUAAAGUGAAAAUUUUUGUUCCUCUUUAACAUUCCUUGGAACAUUCGGCAUUUUUGGG